CCCAUGUGUGGCUACCACAUUGGGCAUAAUUAAAGGCGGGGGAAAUCAACGGUUUCGUGAUUAUUAAGUGGCAUGGAUAUCAUGAAAUGAAUUGGUAAAUUAAAAAAUAUAUCCGUUUCCUGCAGUAGUCGAGGGGUUUUGCCCAACUACGCACGUGCUUCUUCUGUAGCUGCAGUCACAUGACAUUACUUCCUGGAUCACAUUUGUUUGUGCAGCGGCCAAAAACAUGUUUAUUGUUAUUGCAGGCAUUAACAAACGGAAUCUUCCAGCAAAAUAUGACAGAAUGAGAAACGGCGUUAAAUAGAAUAUAAGGAUAUAGCUAGACAAGUCAAUUAAAUCAAUAGAUAUACAUGUUCGGCAAUAUCUUGACAGAUUGCGGCAACGUCUUCGGUCGAUAACAGAUAAAUAUCUUGGCUACCGUUAUCAGCUUGCUAGCUGGUUACAUGUGUGUUAUAUUUGGCGAUAAAUCUAUAACUGAAAUAUAUAAACAACUGGCUAGCUAGACAAUGACAACCCCAAUACAGACAUAACAUCUAACAGUUUUUUUUUUUUUUUGCCAGGAAGCUGCUGUAGCUUGCUACUAGUAGCGAACCAAGUCAGCAGAAUAUAGCUAACGUUAGCUAGACAGCCUCCGAAAUAACGGGAAACAGGUUGUUGGCAAACUGUUGUCAGUAGAAAGGUUUUCUAUUUCAACUAAGCAGGACAUACAGAAUUGCUGUAAAAAGAAAUGUCAAAAUACACAAGUUUUCCGGAACCAGGCGACGACCACAACCCUUUCCAGGACCCUGCAGUGACUCAACACAGCAGCAACACUGAGUAUGCCACACUGGAUCUUUACAACCCAUUUGACAAUAAAAAUGGGCCCCCACCACCAGCCUAUGCAGCAACUGCUCCAUCCGCCCCCCAACCUGUUGUUCCUGCAACAACCCCACCCAGCAGGACUACACCCACAGAGCCCCGCAACUAUGGCACCUCCUUCACCCCCCAGACCGCGGUCAACGCCACCACAGCAGAGCUCCUGAGGAAGCAGGAAGAGCUUGAGAAGAAAGCCCGCGAGCUGGAGAGGAGGGAGAGGGAGCUGGACUCACACGCCCUCGGCUCUGGAGCCACUCGUCAGAAUAACUGGCCUCCCCUGCCCUCUUUCUGCCCUGUGGGACCCUGCUUCUACCAAGACAUCAACAUGGAGAUCAGCCAGAGCUUCCAACGCACUGUCUCCAUCAUGUAUUACUACUGGAUGUUCACAGCCUGCACACUGGCGUUUAACUUAAUUUCCUGCCUGAGUCUGUUCUGUGUGGAUCCUUCUGGUGGUGUUGGGCUGGGCCUGGCCAUCCUCUGGGUCCUCCUUUUCACCCCCUGCUCCUUUGUCUGUUGGUACAGGCCUGUGUACAAAGCCUUCAGGAGUGACAGCUCCUUCAACUUCUUCGCCUUCUUCUUCAUUUUUUUCGUCCAAGUGAUCUUCUACGUCAUCAUGACCAUUGGCAUUCCUGGUUGGGGUUUCAGUGGCUGGAUUGUGAGUCUGGGAGCUCUGAAGACUAGCGUGCCUGUUGGUGUGAUCAUGAUGCUCAAUGCCAUCCUAUUCACUGCCCAGGCUGCCAUGGGGGUCGUCUUGCUCAAGAGGGUCCACUCUCUGUACAGGCAGACCGGUGCCAGCUUCGUGAAGGCUCAGGCUGAGUUUGCCACUGGAGUGAUGUCCAAUCAGGCUGUACGCCAGGCAGCUGCCAACGCCACUGCUUCUGCAGCUCAGGGGGCCUUUACUGGUGCGGCUCGAUAGAGAGAGGGAAGGCAAGCAAGUAGGUCAAGGGAGCUGGUAGAGAGCGAGAGAGGGAUAGGUACAGUAUGUAUGAGGGUGUAUAGUACAAAAGGAGUAGGCAAGACUCAGGUGUUUUGAUAAAUUGUUACAUCAAAGUACAGUGCCUUGCGAAAGUAUUCGGUAAUUUUUUGUGAAGAAUCAACAACAAGUGGGACACAAUUAUGAAGUGGAACGAAAUUUAUUGGAUAUUUCAAACUUUUUUAACAAAUAAAAAACUGAAAAAUUGGCCGUGCAAAAUUAUUCAGCCCCUUUACUUUCAGUGCAGCAAACUCUCUCCAGAAGUUCAGUGAGGAUCUCUGAAUGAUCCAAUGUUGACCUAAAUGACUAAUGAUGAUAAAUAGAAUCCACCUGUGUGUAAUCAAGUCUCCUUAUAAAUGCACCGGUUAAAGCGCAGAGCAUCUUGAAGAACAAGGAACACACCAGGCAGGUCCGAGAUACUGUUGUGGAGAAGUUUAAAGCCGGAUUUGGAUACAAAAAGAUUUCCCAAGCUUUAAACAUCCCAAGGAGCACUGUGCAAGCGAUAAUAUUGAAAUGGAAGGAGUAUCAGACCACUGCAAAUCUACGAAGACCCGGCCGUCCCUCUAAACUUUCAGCUCAUACAAGGAGAAGACUGAUCAGAGAUGCAGCCAAGAGGCCCAUGAUCACUCUGGAUGAACUGCAGAGAUCUACAGCUGAGGUGGGAGACCUGUCCAUAGGACAACAAUCAGUCGUAUACUGCACAAAUCUGGCCUUUAUGGAAGAGUGGCAAGAAGGAAGC